AACUUCAAGAAGCGCUGGAGAAUUACAGACAUGCGGUUCGUCUGAAGCCAGAUUUCAUUGAUGGAUACAUCAACUUGGCAGCAGCACUUGUGGCUGCUGGUGAUAUGGAGCAAGCUGUACAGGCCUACAUCACAGCUUUACAAUAUAACCCAGAUCUCUACUGCGUUCGUAGCGAUUUGGGUAACCUUUUAAAAGCAUUAGGUCGAUUAGAUGAAGCCAAGGUCGGUGUAAAAUGAAACAAACGCACACAGAGUGAGUGAUUUGGUAGCAUCUAUAACGCAUUGUUCUGUGUGUCUAUCUGUCUCUCUUCAACCUGGUGUCUUCUUCUGCAACGUCACGUGAUUGCGAACCGAUCAGAGAUGAGGCUCCAGUCAGGUAAUGUACGCAAGCAGCGCCAGAUGGACUCUGAUAUACCUCUCUCUUCCUCACAUAUUCCAACCGGACGGUCGACUCUGUUGUUUUUAGGUAUACCGAGAUCGGAACGAGCGUAAGCCGGCGCGGGGCCUCUGCCGCGUAGCUUUUUAGGUCAACUACUCUGGAAGAUUAUCAUUGUACAAUCUCAGUUUUAUGCUAAUUGGAUGAUAUGCCAUAUUAUUACAUAUUCUAGCUGCGACCCGCGACUCCGAAUGUGUUAAAUUGUUACUAAUAUAUAACAUUGUUUUUGAGUGUUGCUAUAAUUGCAUUGCCUUAGUAAAUUGAUAGUCAGCUUAUUGUAUGCUUAGGAAAUUUGGUUGGUUACCAAUUUUUUGAAAUUAGCAUUUUAAAUCAAACUAAAUUUCUUAUUGUAAAAACUACCUCUCCGCCAAAUCUUCUGUUACACAAUCCAUUUAAGUCUACUGUAAGCAGAAAGUCAUCUUUGCCA